UUUGAAGUCGCGGACCAUGUUAAUAGACAACAAAAUUGAAGAUACACAGUGAAACACUUAAAAUUUGAGAGUAAUGUAGAUUCGUCGUAUCUGACCAAUUUUAGACCACUGAGGGUUCGCUAUAAGCCCCGCCCAUUCUCUGGUACUGUGAUUUCUAUGGAUUCUACUUGCAUGUGCAGAUAACACCGAUCUGGCGAAAAAAUAAUAAUAAUUCGUUAUCAUUUGUUAUUCCAUUCGUCCAUUUCUUUCCGUUAUGAGAUCGUGGCUCGCAGCAGAGCAAUCGUCGGGACUGUAUCGGUGACCAGUAACAUUCAAGGCGAUAUUUGGUUGUAAUGAUGGCUUUCAGGCGGACUGUGUUCUUCUGCCUGUUGUGUUUGUUGAUGCUCGUGCACGGCAGCAGGAGGAGACAAGCGCGCUGUCCCACAUCAUGUACAUGCAGUAAAGAUAACGCCUUAUGUGCCAAUACCGGAUCAAUACCGAGGGGCUUCCCACCAGAUGUCAUCUCACUAUCGUUCGUCAAGUCUGGCUUUACUGAAAUCCCUAAAGAGAGUUUCAUUCACACACCAGCCCUCCAUCUGCUUCUUUUCACAGCAAACGUCUUUGAUUCUAUAAAUGAAGAUGUGUUUCUUGGUCUUCCUCAUCUGGAGUAUCUGUUCAUUGAAAAUAACCAAAUCAAGUCCAUAUCGCCUUACGCCUUCAGAGGACUCAAGUCCUUAAUACACUUAAGUCUGGCGUACAAUAAUUUGGAGACGCUACCGAAAGAUCUUUUCAAAGGGAUGGAAGCUUUGACUAAAGUGGAUCUGAGAGGAAAUCUUUUCAGCUGCGACUGUAAGUUAAAGUGGUUAGUCGACUGGAUGUUUCAUACAAAUGCAACUGUGGAUGAGAUCUACUGCAAUGGCCCAGAAGCUUACCAGGGCAAAAAGAUCAAUGACCUUGAGGCGCAGUCAUUUGAUUGCAUAACAACAGAUUUUCCGCUGUUGAAGUCUCUUGAAUUUCAGUCCAUUUCAGUCGAAGCUUUUGCAUUUGGUGGUGACCAGUUUGUCGUAUUCGCCCAGCCGUUCACUGGCAGGUGUAACUUCAUGGAAUGGGAUCACGUGCAAAUGGAGUUCCGAAACUUCGAUAACAUCACAAGUACGUCGUCGGUCAUCUGUAAACCUCUAGUCAUUGACAGUCAGCUCUUCAUUAUAGUGGCACAACUGUUCGGCGGCUCGCACAUCUUCAAGAGAGACGUCUCGGCAAACAAAUUCAUCAAAAUCCAAGACAUCGACAUUUUGAAAAUACGAAAGCCAAAUGACGUGGAAAUCUUCCAUGUGGACGGAGAGUCUUUCUUCAUCAUUGCCGACAGCUCCAAAGCUGGCUCCACGACUAUUUAUAAAUGGAACGGCAAUGGCUUCUACUCCCAUCAGUCCUUGCACCCCUGGCACCGCGACACAGACGUGGAGUAUCUAGACAUUUCUGGCAAGCCUCAUUUGAUUUUGUCCAGCAGCUCUCAACGGCCGGUCAUUUACCAAUGGAGCAAGAGCACCAAGCAGUUUGAGCGGCGUACGGAUAUCCCAGAGAUGGAGGACGUGUACGCGGUCAAACACUUCACUGUGAAGAGCGAGCUCUACAUAUGUCUGACCCGCUUCAUUGGCGACUCCAAGGUGAUGAAAUGGGACGGCAGCAUGUUCAGUGAGAUCCAGACCAUGGCCUCCCGUGGCUCCAUGGUCUUCCAGCCGUUCUCCAUCGCCAACUGGCAGUACGCCAUCCUGGGCAGCGAUUACGCCUUUACUCGGGUCUAUCGCUGGGACGCAAAGAAGAGACAGUUUAUUCACUUCCAGGAGCUGAACAUUCAAGCACCCAGGGCUUUUUCUCUGGUGUUCAUUGACAACAGGGAGUUUCUUCUUGGCUCUAGUUUUAAGGGGCAAACACGGAUAUAUGAACACCUGGUCCUUGACUUGAGCAGCUGAUUUGCUCCAUCGGGACAGUUGAGAAUAAUCAAAGAAUCUCACAAAACACGUCCAGGUCAUAUUUAACUCUAAAAUCUAAAAAAAAAAGACAUUUUUUUUUUUGUUGUUUAAAGUAAAUAAAGCCCGUUUUAAAGUCACCAUGAAAUCAAAAUUGACAAUUCUUUUUUUUUAUGGAAUAUUGCAGUAUUUAUUAUUAAUGACUUACUUUAUUUCAUUCAUGUUCCUGGUAAUCUUGAAUCAGAAUAUCUUCUCCUCCCUCUUGCAGUAUCUCUUCUCUUCUCUGAUGACGAGGGCGGGGCAACCUGUCACUCACAUGAGAUCCACCAAUAGCAAACCACAACCAUCCAAUCAAUUCACCACGGACUAAAUCAAGCCCCGCCCUACAUUUGUUCUUGUUCCUGAAGCUGUUUCUCUCAGAUAUAUGGCACAAUAGGGAAUGCCAACUUUAAGCUUUUUUGCCAUGUAUUAUUAUUUUUAUGAUUUAAGCAAUUUAAACCUCUCAAUUCUCCAUAAUGUAAUGUAGUUUUUUUUUUUACUGUAAUACAGUAAUCGACAUAAAAAUGUCACCAUGCAUAAAAAUCUUAAUGGUUCAAAAAUAGGCUUCAUUUUCUUUAUUUCUUAUUUUGUCUAACUUUUGAUUUUGGGAUGAAAUAUGACCUGGAUGUGUUCAGAUUCACAGCAUGAAGACUCUUUGCAGAUGACUUGCAUGAUGGUGCCUUAAUUAGGUACCGCCGCUGAAAUUAUUCAUGUUGUUUUGUUUUUUUUAAUGAUCUUCUCAGUGCAUUUCUCAUUCAUUUCUGUUGUAUUUUUACAUUGUGACUGAUGUACUUUCAUUGAAAUACUUGCUAUUCUAUUUAUUAAUGUGUUUAUCUCAAAUGAAUCUUGUUUACUUCUCUCUUAACUUGUAAACAAUGUAUUUUAUGUGGCAGCUGGGUGACAUAUUUGAUACGCAGAUUGGGAAUUUGAAAUAUACAUCGACUUUUGGAGUAGUGUGUCGUGUGAACAUUGUUUUUUAGCAUUUGCCUGUUUGUUCGAACUGUAUUAACUACUAACAGACAACCAAUGUCAGUACUUUUUUCAACAAGAUACAAUUAUUUGUUAUGAGAUGAAGAGAUUCUAUAUCACCAAAAGAUGAAACUGUGAUGUUCUACUGGAUAAGUUUGUGCAUGCAGUUUCAUGCCUACAUUUUGGAGACACUGAUACUAACUUUAAAUAAAGACUUUGUGAUCCUGA